GCAGAGGAUGCAGCAUUCAAAGACUUGACCUCUAUUGGUUGACCUGACCUGCCAUGUUAUAUUGCUUGUUUGUUUGUGAGUUCGUUUUUUUUUUAUUUUGAAGCGCUUUGAGAUUUCUAUUAUUGAAAGCGCUAUAGAAGUUGAAUACAUUAUUAUUAAAUAGAAAGAGGCUGAAUAAAAGUGUGCUUUGUUGGCUAUCAAACAAGAUAGGAAAGAAAUGGAAACAUCCCUGGACUCAGUUGAAAUAUCACUAUUUGUGACAGCAAUAUUACCAAGGUGUCCUAUUCCACUUACCUCCUUAUCGUUGGAUAAAAGGUACCUUACUUCAUCCUGGUUCACCUCCCCUAUUCUAUUAUAGAAGCUUGGAUGCAGGGAGAAAAAUACUAUUAUUGGAAGUGACAUGCUGCUAGCAGAAAUGGUCCAUAUAGUGUUGAAAUACACACACAGCUGAAUCACAAUUUUAAGAAACCUUUCACCUCUGCAGUUUACCUAUUGAGCUUGCGACAGGAUAUAUGUUUCUGAAUGUCUGGAACAGAAACCACGGUGAGAUAAGUCAGUUCACACUGUAGCCAAGAUGACAUUCUGAUGAUUCAAGUGCACAGCUGAUGACUCACUUAUUGUAUGCUCAAACUGUAUGUUGUCGAUUUGAGAAUCAGUGAUGUUGCUUCUCGCUUCAGCUUUGCUCUCCCCAAGAAUGAGACCUUCCUGUAAAAUGUAAUGAGGCACAUACAUGUGUAAGGUUAGUUAAAUAUAAUAAACAAUCUCUGGCAUAAUCAGCAUCUGAGUAAGUAGGCUAUGUGGUCAGACCUAUCUAUUUGUUGUGGCGUUAGCCAGCUAGCUAGUUAGCUAACGAUAUAACGUUAGCUAGUUAGUUGCCCAUAUUUUCUGUAGACGCACCUGAUUAAUAGGUGUGCAGUUAAUCUUUGAUAUUUUUCCAAUCAUUAAUUAUAUCAUUAGUUAUCUAGCUAACUACCUACCACAUCAGAAUCACUGUUAAAGUGCUGAAACAUCAAUGAACCAAGAACAAAUCCGGAGAUGCGAACAGAGGAGUUUGAGUCCGCCAUGUUUGCUGUUGUCAACGAAGACAACAUGUAAAGUGUUCGAUUGCGUAAAAACAGCGCAUAACCUCUGCAAUGGCACGCGCAUGCACUAUUGCUGCGCAGCUGAAUGUGCACGAGAUGUGAACUUCUUUCAAUAAACUUGCCAGUGGGGGAGGGGGUUUAUUUGUACUGCAGAACUUUGCGUACGGUCUUGUGCCUGACUAUACUAGCUACCGCUACAGGAGGUCCAGAAGAAUGGAAAACUCCCUAAUACAACGAAGAGGUCUUCAGGUUUGAUAUUUCUCUUGAUACAUUUUGAAACGUUUCAUGUUCUGCAGUCAAACUCGGAUAUGGUAGGCUCAAUAAUGUAGUAAACUAUUUCAAGUGGUUCUUUCUCGGCUUGGCUGUACUAGGCGGUGUUGAUAUCCUGUUUCAGAACCAUGUUUACAUAGGGCCAAGUUAUACUUUUCCGAAAAUGGGCUGAUAAACAUAUGCAUUCAAUGUAGUCUCCUUUAUAUAACCAGAAUGCAAUGCUCAUUUGAAGUGAGUAGCUAUUUGUUGUGUCUGUUCUGCAGUUAACUUGACCCUAAUGUGCCAUACCAGUGGAUGACAGAUCUGUGUGAGGGAGGGAUGGAGGACCUGUGGAGUAUAGCGGUUGUGUUGCUGCAGGUGUGGUUCUCCGUGAUGAUAGGGCUCAUCAUGAUACCUGCCAUGUUUGGCCUCUCCCUGGGGGUCACUUCUGUCUACAUUCAGAUCCUGGUUAAGAUACUGGAGGUAACUGUACGAAAAUGUAUGAAAAAAUGUAUGCACUCACUACUGUAAGUCACUAUCGAUAACAGCGUCUGCUAAAUGACUAAAAUGUAAACUGUGCUGGAAAUUCUGGAAGAGCUCAAAUUCUGGAAUUCCAGAAUAGCUGACUAUUAUUUUAUUCCAAAAAAAUAAUAUUCAAACAGCCCUAAAUAGCAUCUAAUAGCGAAUUAUGUUAUUCUGUUUACAUAAAGGAAUAUUAUUUGAUGGAAAACAGAUGAUUUAUGUUAAUCUAUUAAUCUGAUACAAUUCAGGCUACUGUAGGCUAUAUUCACUAUUAUUAUGUAGGAUUUUGUGCUCUGUAUAUUGUAUUCAUGUUGCUCCCUGACCCCUUAGAGAAGACAGACAUAGUUAAUGUUCAAAGCGUGGCACACAAGGGCAGUUAGGCAAUUAAAAGACAGUAUGUAGAAAGCAAUGUGUGAGAGGUCAACUGAGAAUAACUGUUGUCUGGGCAGUGGGCCACCCUGCGGAUCGAGAGAGGACACAGGGAACGACCCACUCUGCCAGUGCCUGCAACUCUACCCUUUGGUGAGUGACUUUACACUCAUUACCCAUCAGUGAGUUCAUACUGAGGUUUGGACUGGUCUGGAGCAGAGUAUGUGAGCGGAGCUGGAGAGGAACGUGGCCAAUUUGACUGGAGCGCGGAGCGAGAUUCCCAAAGGCUGGAGCGUCAGCCUUCUCGGCCUCUCCAAUUUCGCUCCAGUAGAGCUCACUUCACGAGCUCAGGACAUGCCUGGCCCAGCAUGCAUUUGUAGGCUACUUGUGUGCUCCUAUACCCCUUGCUUUAGCUACUGUCAUGGAGUUUGCUAAAUAUUUUCAUAAAGAAACUGAUAAAACACACAGGUGCAAAAGGUGAGGAGGACCAAGAUCAAGAGAGGGAGUGUGGUGAUGUAGUGUCCACAACUAAAGAAUCAUUGUGGAAUCUGAAAAUACACAUAUCCCGAACGCAUUAUGGUGUACUUACUACAUGCACAUGCUAAAAGAAAGGAACGAGGUGGGUAGCUAAGUGUGUCAUUGUAGCAAAGUAUUUCUAAACAAAAAAUCAGAUAUCUGAAAAGUUUUGUUCAUUUUGUUCAUUGGCCGUAAUUGAUUUAGGCCAAAUAGGCCUGGCAUAUUCCCACCUUCAAGGAGCUUUCCAUUUUGAUUGGGUUAUUUUGCCUAAAAACCUUUAGGCCUACCUAUAGAAAAAAACAACUAAAAACAACUCUGCAUCUCGGCCCAGCCUGGCAAGAAGAGUAGCCCGAAGGGUGUUUAGCAUCCCCAGUGGCUCUGCAAGCACGGAGAGGGUAUUCUCCGAUGCUGGCCUGUUCUCCAGGCACCAUCGCAUGACAGACUCUGUCCGAACUCGUAUUUCAAAAAAUGAAUUCAAAGGCACUCACUGAGCCUAAUAAGUCAUUUUUCGUUUAAUUUGUAUUUAAUUCUAAGUAAGUCACAGUCUAUAUGCGCAAUUUGUAAUGAUUUAAUACAAUAAAAUGUUGUUUAAAUACUGAGCCCUUUAUGUCCCUACCAGCCUAGUGUCGCACUCGCAAAUGCUUCAUAAUGUACACUGCUCAAAAAAAAAGGGAACACUAAAAUAACACAUCCUAGAUCUGAAUGAAUGAAAUAAUCUUAUGAAAUACUUUUUUCUUUACAUAGUUGAAUGUGCUGACAACAAAAUCACACCAAAAUUAUCAAUGGAAAUCAAAUGUAUCAACCCAUGGAGGUCUGGAUUUGGAGUCACCCUCAAAAUUAAAGUGGAAAACCACACUACAGGCUGAUCCAACUUUGAUGUAAUGUCCUUAAAACAAGUCAAAAUGCUCAGUAGUGUGUGUGUGUGGCCUCCACGUGCCUGUAUGACCUCCCUACAAUGCCUGGGCAUGCUCCUGAUGAGGUGGCGGAUGGUCUCCUGAGGGAUCUCCUCCCAGACCUGGACUAAAGCAUCCGCCAACUCCUGGACAGUCUGUGGUGUAACGUGGCGUUGGUGGAUGGAGCGAGACAUGAUGUCCCAGAUGUGCUCAAUUGGAUUCAGAUCUGGGGAACGGGCGGGCCAGUCCAUAGCAUCAAUGCCUUCCUCUUGCAGGAACUGCUGACACACUCCAGCCACAUGAGGUCUAGCAUUGUCUUGCAUUAGGAGGAACCCAGGGCCAACCGCACCAGCAUAUGGUCUCACAAGGGGUCUGAGGAUCUCAUCUCGGUACCUAAUGGCAGUCAGGCUACCACUGGCGAGCACAUUGAGGGCUGUGCAGCCCCCCAAAGAAAUGCCACCCCACACCAUGACUGACCCACCGCCAAACCGGUCAUGCUGGAGGAUGUUGCAGGCAGCAGAACGUUCUCCACGGCAUCUCCAGACUCUGUCACGUCUGUCACAUGUGCUCAGUGUGAACCUGCUUUCAUCUGUGAAGAGCACAGGGCGCCAGUGGCGAAUUUGCCAAUCUUGGUGUUCUCUGGCAAAUGCCAAACGUCCUGCACGGUGUUGGGCUAUAAGCACAACCCCCACCUGUGGACGUCGGGCCCUCAUACCACCCUCAUGGAGUCUGUUUCUGACCGUUUGAGCAGACACAUCCACAUUUGUGGCCUGCUGGAGGUCAUUUUGCAGGGCUCAGGCAGUGCUCCUCCUGCUCCUCCUUGCACAAAGGCGGAGGUAGCAGUCCUGCUGCUGGGUUGUUGCCCUCCUACGGCCUCCUCCACGUCUCCUGAUGUACUGGCCUGUCUCCUGGUAGCGCCUCCAUGCUCUGGACACUACGCUGACAGACACAGCAAACCUUCUUGCCACAGCUCGCAUUGAUGUGCCAUCCUGGAUGAGCUGCACUACCUGAGCCACUUGUGUGGGUUGUAGACUCCGUCUCAUGCUACCACUAGAGUGAAAGCACCGCCAGCAUUCAAAAGUGACCAAAACAUCAGCCAGGAAGCAUAGGAACUGAGAAGUGGUCUGUGGUCACCACCUGCAAAACCAGUCCUUUAUUGGGGGUGUCUUGCUAAUUGCCUAUAAUUUCCACCUGUUGUCUAUUCCAUUUGCACAACAGCAUGUGAAAUGUAUUGUCAAUCAGUGUUGCUUCCUAAGUGGACAGUUUGAUUUCACAGAAGUGUGAUUGACUUGGAGUUACAUUGUGUUGUUUAAGUGUUCCCUUUAUUUUUUUGAGCAGUGUAUUUCUUUGUAGGCUAUAGCCUUGAAGUAGUUGAAAUAAUAUAGCCUAAAUAAUUCAUUUUCGUUCCUUCUUAUGCUCCCUGUCUGGCUCCUGACCUAUUUAGAGUGUUUAUAUGCUGUUUAAUACGACAUAUAGCCUAUUUGAAAUAAAUGAUACAUUCACCUUUUCAUGUUUAUCAAAAUACUUUUGGUUUUGGUUUCAAUAUUUCAAAACCAAAUGGUAGGUCCAGGUAGUCACAAAAAGUAGGUGGGGUUGGUUAAAUUGUGAUUCUAAUGAAUGGAGUAUAGCUCCACAUUGACAUGAUUGGUUGACAGUAGGUGGGGGCGGGAGGUCCUGUAUAAACACAAACUCACUUCCUUGACAACUUCCAUCUCAACAGCUCUACUCAACAACUCUGCAAGAAGUAUGUAUGCCCUGACUUCUGCAGAGGCCGUAUCAGCGUAAAUGCUCCCCGGCCAAUGCAGACGACGGAUUGACCAUGCAGCGCCUUUAACACCUCUGAUGAUGGGUCUACAGUGCAUUCAGAAAGUAUUCAGACCCCUUGACUUUUCUCACAUUUUGUUACGUUACAGCCUUAUUCUAAAAUGGAAUUAACUACUUUUUUUCCUCAUCAAUCUACACACAAUACCCCAUAAUGACAAAGCGAAAACAGGUUUUUAGAAAUAGUUGCAAAUGUAUUAAAAAUAAAAAACAGAAAUACCUUAUUACAUAAGUGUUCAGACCCUUUGCUAUGAGACUCGAAAUUGAGCUCAGGUGCAUUCUGUUUCCAUUGAUCAUCCUUGAGAUGUUUCUACAACUUGAUUGGAGUCCACCUGUGGUAAAUGAAAUUGAUUGGACAUGAUUUGGAAAGGCACACACCUGUCUAUACAAGGUCCCACAGUUGACAGUGCAUGUCAGAGCAAAAACCAAGCCAGGAGGUCGAAGGAAUUGUCCGGAGAGCUCCGAGACAGGAUUGUGUCGAGGCACAGAUAUGGGGAAGGGUACCAAAAAAUUUCUGCAGCAUUGAAGGUCCCCAAGAACACAGUGGCCUCCAUCAUUCUUAAAUGGAAGAAGUUUGGAACCACCAAGACUCUUCCUAGAGGUGGCUGCCAGGCCAAACUGAGCAAUCGGGGGAGAAGGGCCUUGGUCAGGGAGGUGAACAAGAACCCGAUGGUCACACUGACAGAGCUCCAGAAUUCCUCUGUAGAGAUGGGAGAACCUUCCAGAAGGACAACCAUCUCUGCAGCACUCCACCAAUCAGGCCUUUACGAUAGAGUUGCCAGACGGAAGCCACUCCUCAGUAAAAGGCACAUGACAGCCCGCUUGGAGUUUGCCAAAAGGCACCUAAAGACUCUCAGACUAUGAGAAACAAGAUUCUCUGGUCUGAUGAAACCAAGAUUGAAAUCUUUACCCUUAAUGCCAAGCGUCAUGUCUGGAGGAAACCUGGCACCAUCCCUACGGUGAAGCAUGGUGGUGGCAGCAUCAUGCUGUGGGGAUGUUUUUCAGCGGGAGGGACUGGGAGACUAGGCAGGAUCGAGGGAAAGAUUAACGCAGCAAAGUACAGAGAGAUCCUUGAUGAAAACCUGCUCCAGAACGCUCAGGACCUCAGACUGGGCGAAGGUUCACCUUACAACAGGACAAUGACCCUAAGCACACAGCCAAGACAACGCAGGAGUGGCUUCGGGACAAGUCUCUGAAUGUCCUUGAGUGGCCUAACCAGAGCCCGGACUUGAACCCGAUCGAACAUCUCUGGAGAGACCUGAAAAAACAAAUGAUAGUCCCACUAAGCCCAAACCAGAUGGGAUUGUGUAUCGCUGCAGAAUGCUGUGGUAGCCAUGCUGGUUAAGUGUGCCUUGAAUUCUAAAUAAAUCACAGACAGUGUAACCAGCAAAGUACCCACACACCCUAACACCACCACCUCCAUGCUUUACGGUGGGAACUACACAUGCGGAGAUCAUCCGUUCACCCACACCACGUCUCACAAAGACACGCCGGUUGGAACCAAAAAUCUCCGAUUUGGACUCCAGACCAAAGGACACAUUUCCACCGGUCUAAUGUCCAUUGCUCGUGUUUCUUCGCCUAAGCAGGCCUCUUCUUAUUGGUGUCCUUUAGUAGUGGUUUCUUUGCAACAAUUCAACCAUGAAGGACUGAUUCACACAGUCCCCUCUGAAUGUUGAGAUGUGUCUGUGACUUGAACUCUGUGAAGCAUUUAUUUGGGCUGCAAUUUCUGAGGCUGGUAACUCUAAUGAACUUAUCCUCUGCAGCAGAGGUAACUCUGGGUUUUCCAUUCCUGUGGUGGUCCUCAUGAGAGCCAGUUUCAUCAUAGCGCUUGAUGUUUUUUGCGACUGCACUUGAAGAAACUUUCAAAGUUCCGUAUUGACUGACCUUCAUGUCUUAAAGUAAUGAUGGACUGUCGUUACUCUUUGCUUAUUUGAGCUGUUCUUUCCAUAAAAUGGAGUUGGUAUUUUACCAAGUAGGGCUUUCUUCUGAUACCCCCCUACCUUGUCACAACACAACUGAUUGGCUCAAACGCAUUAAGAAGGAAAUAAAUUCCACAAAUUAACUUUUAAGAAGGCACACCUGUUCAUUGAAAUGCUUUCCAGGUGACUACCUCAUGAAGCUGUUUGAGAGAAUAACAACAGUGUGCAAAGCUGUCAUCAAGGCAAAGGGUGGCUAUUUGAAGAAUGUCAAAUAUAAAAUAUAUUUUGAUUUGUUUAACACUUUUUUGGUUACUACAUGAUUCCAUAUGUGUUUUUUCAUAGUUUUGAUGUCUUCACUAUUAUUCUACAAUGUAUAAAAUACUAAAAAUAAAGAAAAACCCUUGAAUGAGUAGGUGUGUCCAAACUUUUGACUGGUACUGUAUGUAAACGUGAUAUUGAAGUUUUUUAUAUUUUAUACGUUUGCACAAAUUUCUAAAAACCUGUUUUUGAUUUGUCAUUAUGGGGUAUUGUGUGUAGAUUGAUGAGGGGAAAAAACUAUUUAAUCAAGUUUAGAGUAAGGCUGUAACGUAACAAAAUGUGGAAAAAUCAAGGGGUCUGAAUACUUUCCGAAUGCACUGUAAGCUACAACAAAUGCAAAUAUGAAAAAAAUCGGAGUUUUACGUGUUUUUAGGUAAUUGACAAAGGUUUAUAAAUGUAUAAAAUAGUUUGACAACCCUGUUUUGUAAGUUUUUCAAUUAAAUCACUCAACUGUUUAUCUUUUCUGGUGAUGAAGACUUGGUAUAGAGGGGUAUGCAAAUGGAUCAACUUUGAGAACCUUUUAUCUCCUGGAUGUGUUGGCAUUCAGGUCCAAAAAGACUUUCUGACCACUUCUUCCAUGGGCAAACAUGUAUGGAAAGUUUUGUUUAAAUCAAAAGGGAUUCUGUCAAAAAGUGAUUGAAUUUAAAUGGAUUUACCGAAAGGCAUGUGGAGUUAUUGGUUCUGCUUAGGGUUGCAAAGGGAGGGUAUAUUACUGGAAACGUUUGAAAUUUACCAGUAAACUACCAGAAUUUUGGUAUCUUUGAAGGAUUUUAUGUAAUCUAUCACAAGACAUCUAGUGGCCCUUUUGGGUACUUCAGAUUUUCACAGGUGACUGUAGUUACCUCUGGCCCUCUGUGUGGCCUUAUCACAUGUAAAAUAUAUGACAUAAUUCAAUAAGAUGAAAAAAUUGAAUGACAAACCUGUAAAACAUUAUCCUAAAUAUAAACCAUCAACAUAGUGAAUACCAGUGGUGUUUAGUACGAGGAUUUCAGCAUGAUAUUGUCAGCAUGAUAUUGUUGAUUAGAUGCUUUUUUUAUUAAUUUGGCUAUUUUCUCUUUAACUAAUGGUCUAUCUACUAGAAACUCAUGGACAUAUAUGGACAUGGAUAUAAAACAUUUAUACUAUGAAUCCAUUUUUUAAAAGUUAUUCAAGUAUAAAUUACCAAAGUUACAAUAGAUUGACAUAGAUUUUCUGUUAAUUACCCAAAUUACCCAAGAUUCUGGCAACUUUCGUAAAUUACCGGUAGCUUUGCAACCCUAGUUCUGCUCUUAGAACAUAGUGUUCUGUAGUAUGAGGGAUUGAAUUCAGCUCGGUCUGGAAGGAGUAUACCCUGCAUAUGUGACUGUGUGUCAGUGUGGGGGCUUGUGAUUGGUCAGCUCAGCACCUGUGGCUGAUGUGUGGGUGCAGAUUGGAGCAGCCCUGUCCCACUCUGAUGAUGCAAUAGAGGAUUACAUAACAGGCAGAAAACUAACUCUCUGUGUGUAGUCUAACCUUUGACCCAUAUGCUGUGAAAUACUGGGUGCCCCCUUCAUCUGGUCUUUCUGGAAAUAUACUGUACAAUGUUUGAAAGACGUUACUUCACCAUCCUCUGCAAACUUUAUGAUACCAUUUGCCCUAUAUUGUGUUAAGUACUUAUACUUAUUGGACAUGUAUAUCACAUGCUAUUUUACAUCUGCAUUGAAGAUUCCAAUAGAUCGGUUUUGUGACAGGACUUUUUGUGGUGUCUAUAAAUUGUUUAUCUAGAAUCCUAAUGUUGUUGAAUUAACACACAAUCAUCUGUUGGUCACAAACAUUGGUAUUCUAAAUCAGACGUGACAGGAAACUUCAAAAAGUACAGAGGCUUUUAUUUUAUUUUAUGAAACACAGGAAGGACAAGUCACCACCAUGAUGUUUUAGCAAAUCAUUUAGCAAAGAUUACAAAAUCCACCAUGUUUGCUCCUUUCGUCUAUAACCCAUUGUCUGUGAACAUAAUACUUAAGCUUGUAUUACUGUAUAAUCAUGGCACAAGGUAAAUGUUUUACUAAAGCUGGGCAAAACACAGUGCUGCUGAGUAUGAAGAAAAGGAAUGGGAACUCUGUGCUCAGUGGUAUCUGGUACUGACAGGCCUAGUACUGACCGGCUAUGCCACAACAGUCCUCCAUUCCAUUCCUCAUCAGCUUUACCCUCUCUGGGUGUCACGUUCGUUUAAGGACGGGUCAGACCAAGGCGCAGCGUGAAAGGCAUACAUGUUUAUUUACCGAAUAAACACACGACAAAACAACAAACAAACGAAACGUGAAGUCCUACGGCUAAACACAAGCCUACACCGGAACAAGAUCCCACAACUACCUAGUGCCAAUAGGCUGCCUAAGUAUGAUCCCCAAUCAGAGACAACGAGCGACAGCUGCCUCUGAUUGGGAACCACACCGGCCAACAUAGAAAUACACAUACUAGAUAACACACCUAGAAUAUACACAACAUAGAAUAUACACACCCUGACUCAACAUAUAAGAGUCCCCUGAGUCAGGGCGUGACACUGGGAUAUCAUAGAUAGAUAUGUACUUUAAUCAGUAGGUACAUUUAGUUCCUCUUACUAUCCUUGCCCUUCCUUACGCCUCUCUAUUUUAUGUCCAAAAUCGCUAGGUAGUGACUAAACCCACAGGUAUAACGUACUGUAAACCACUCAGUUAAUAAUCUCUGUUGUCUCCUCUUCUUUGGCCAGGACUCAUCCAGAGGGAGGGGGGCUCCAUGGAACAGGAGAUGGGGGAGCUGCGUCGGUAUCGUACCCAGUCUAUAUCGAGAGGCGAGUUUGCGCUGAGCGACUCAUUCUACUUCUACAUAAAGGGCCUGGAGAGCAUCGUGGACGACCAGGUGACUCAGCGCUUCUCCUCUGAGGAGCUGGUCUCCUGGAACCUUUUGACCCGCACCAACCACAACUUCCACUUCAUCAGCCUGCGACUCACCAUCAUCUGGGGCCUGGGCGUGAUCAUACGUUACUGUGUCCUUUUCCCUCUCAGGUGGGUCUGACCUGCCCUUUUUGACCUCUUCUCCAGUCCUGCCAGUGUCCUGCCAUUUCAGUUCAGUUCAAUGAAGUUUAUGUCAACCGAUCAUGUACUCAAUUUGAUGUGAUCCAUAGUAGAAUGGUAUACGUUUUCGUUUAUAUAGGCUACUCAUUUUCAACAUGUGAUUCCUUCUUCCUUGCAGGAUAACCCUGGCAAUCAUUGGGUUGACCUGGCUGGUGAUUGGGACAACUUUGGUGGGGUUUCUACCUAACAAGAGGUAAUAACGAUGUAGUCUACAUCUACUGAUGAUGUAGAACUUUCAUAAAUUGUGGUAAUAGGAAGAUUUGAAUGUUCCUAUCUCUCAACCAGCUAACUUGCUUGAGAGUUGGUAUAUGGCUCGAGAAAAUAGAAUGUCCCCGGCUAUUACCUUACAUUGCUCUUGUGUUCUAGAGUGAAGAACUGGCUCAGUGAGUUAGUCCAUCUGAUGUGCUACAGGAUCUGUGCCAGAGGUCUCUCUGCUACCAUUCAAUACCACAACAAGUUAGUAUCCAGACAAACUACUUAGAAAUACAUUUAGGAAGUCAUGUUAGUAUCAACAUUUUCAAUGUCAUGAGGUCAUUGAAAUAAAUGCUUAUUUUUUACAGAGAGAAUAAACCACAAAAAGGAGGAAUAUGCGUAGCAAACCACACCUCGCCUAUUGACAUUGUCAUUUUGGCCAAUGAUGGAUGCUACGCUAUGGUGGGUAACAUAAACAUUGGUUAACAUAUCACUGAUAUUUGAUAUCUCAUCCAUCACUUUUGGUUGUUAGCAGGCUAGAGUUGUCAUGCUCUCUGUGUCUGGUAUUAUUCUCAGGUGGGUCAAAGUCACGGUGGGCUGAUGGGGGUCAUCCAGAGGUCAAUGGUGAGGUCCUGCCCCCACGUUUGGUUCGAGAGGUCGGAGAUGAGAGACCGAAAUGCUGUUACCAGUAGGUGAGACGGCAAGUAAAUGGGAAAAGACAGCAGGAGAUGCAUUUAGUGUAUUUUUCAUCUAUACAUUUACUCAGUUGUCUUCUGAAAAGUAGUCCCGUGUAGCUCAGUUGGUAGAGCAUGGCGUUUGCAACGCCAGGGUUGUGGGUUCAUUUCCCACGGGGGACCAGUAUGAAAAAGAGUGUAAAUCGCUCUGGAUAAGAGCGUCUGCUAAAAGACUAAAAUGUAAAAGUAAAUGAAUCACAUGCCAAUGUUGAUGGUGCAUAUAUUGAUUGUAUGAUGAUAUACAGUACAUUGCCAUUACAGCCACUCAAUCAUCCUAUCUGCUAUAUAUUAUUUUCAUCAUGAUUAGUGUUGUCCUGGUUAUUGAUCUGCCCCCAUCCAUCCUCUCCCAGAUUGAGGGCUCAUGUUGCAGCUAAAACCAAUCUACCCAUCUUGAUCUUCCCAGAGGGUAAGUCUCUAUACUUUGACUGUCUGGUCCAUUUUCUGCUGCAGUCUGGAUGGAAGUUGUGAUUGAGGUCAAUUCCAUUUCAAUUCAGUCAAUGCAUGAAGUAAACUCAAUUCCAAUUUUCCUCAUUACUUUUCGAUGAGGGAUUUCAGUUUACUUCCUGAAUUGACUGAGUUGAAUUGAAAUAGAGCCUAACACUGCUGGAAGCUGUGGUUGUGGUGGUCUCAUGACCUUUCUAUCCCCUCUUACAGGAACCUGCAUCAACAACACAUCGGUCAUGAUGUUCAAGAAGGGAAGCUUUGAGAUUGGAGGGACGAUAUACCCAGUCGCAAUCAAGGUACUGGCUGCAAUCUGAAUGUCUGAAAGCCCCUUGUGUUCUCUAACCCCUGCUCCUCCAUCAAGCAGCAUGUCACCGAACACUUAUUAUAUGAAGACAUCAUAAAGUUGUCACCAUAUUGGCCUUGUUACGUGUUGACUUUGUCAGCCAUUGUUUGAUAUCACCGCCUUUUGAUUCAUAUUAGUUAAGAUCUCCUCCUUUCUGUCCUUCCCUGUUAGUAUGACCCUCGUUUUGGUGAUGCCUUCUGGAACAGUGCCAAGUACAACAUGGUGAACUACCUGCUGAGAAUGAUGACCAGCUGGGCCAUCGUGGUCAACGUGUGGUACCUGCCCCCCAUGACCAGACGGGUAGGUUGUCACACUGUGUAUGCUUUAUUACUGCUACUUCCUCCCAUGACCAACAGGUUGGACCUUAUGUAGUGUUUUUUUCACAAACCCUUAUAAAGUGCACACGUCUCCUACCCCCAUGGCCAUAGACAUACAUAAGACCCCUUGAAGACCUCUCUAUAUGUUUACUAAUCAUAUCCCUCUUCAUUGCCACUUUGGAUAGGAAAAGGAAGAUGCUGCCCAGUUUGCCAACAGAGUGAAGUCUGCUAUCGCACAUCAGGGAGGGCUAUUGGACAUGUCGUGGUAAGGAAACGUUCAGUAAACUUGCUUGAAUCUCACUAAAGAUCCUUUUUAAAACAUGCCAUACUAUCGUAAUAGAGUUCUGGAAUCAGAAGAAAAUGUGUUGUGAACCAUACUAUUCCACAAUAAUGGGUUGUAGGUCAUUGUCAGCACUGUUUGGUGAUCUGCAGUCUCCUCUAUGUCUCUCUCUCUGCAGGGAUGGGAGUUUGAAGAGAGCCAAGGUGAAAGAAGAAUUUAAAGAGCAGCAACAGAAGAUGUACAGCAGUAUGGUUGUGGGAAAGAAAGGUAGAAACUCAUAAGAGCCUCACACAGAGAGCACUAGGAGACAAUGCCAUUGGAAUUAACACUGGACAAAGUAUUUUACAUACUACAAUGCAUAUGGACUGGAUUUUUUCCAAAUCAAUGGCAUUUGUUAUAUUCAUCAUAAUUGUGUUGUGAACAUAGCAUAGAUUGAUAUCUGAAUCUGAUACACAACAUACAUCAGCUUUUAAUGCAUGAAAUGCCUUAUUUUAAAGACUGCAAUGACAUAUUUUAUAGAGACAUAAACAUUUCAAACUUUACUGCAAGUAGUACUAGUCUGUAUGGUAUAAAAUGAUCUCUGAUAAUGUUACAGUAAUGCUACGUUUUCUGAUGGCACUCUAACUAAACUCACCAUAAUCUAAGAAUGUGUUUCCAUUGACCCAGAGUUUGUACUAGUAUUAGUAUUACUUUUACUUUGUACAGUUUUUCCCUCUUAUGUUACAUUAUGCUGCCUACAAUACAACCCCUAACCCCCUAUAAACAAUAUAUACAUUAAUGUUUGGAUGUGCUUUGAUCAAAGUCUGAUUUAUUUAUUCUAAGACUGUGGGUUUAUUGUUGCUUAAAAUCUUAAGUGUUAUGAAAUCUACAUUUUGUCAUCUAGUCCUGAAAACCACUUCCCCAGGCCUAACCCUCAAGCAUUUAUGUAGAUCUGAAAGGAUUAGAUGAAUAGGUGUAAUGGAACGCCUAUAGAGGCUAGUUAGAGGUUGUCUGUCUGGAGCUAGUUGUAAAAUGUUGCUUGUAGUGUCGUAUAUGAAACACUAGGAGUCAGGGUUUGCAAACAAAUAACAAUUACGUCACCAACUCUUACUCUGUCCAUGAUCGGAAGGAUCCACUCACACAAAAAUAUCUCACUACCUUUAUUAAAUAUCAACAGCUCAUUUACAAUCCAAAGUUUUAAUAAAAUGUGUUAAAAAUGCUGCUGCUAUUAAGUUGAAUAGUAUGGGGUGUGGGAAUAAUGUUAGAUCAAGUCUGAUUAAAACUGUAUUUGGUGUACCAUAAAGCUUUGGUUUUAGAUUUACACUCCAAAAACUCUUACAAAACACAAAUAGCCAGAAACAAAUAUUUCAUUUCAUUUAUAUUUUAUACAAAUGUUGUAAAAUUGUCAUAUUAAUGACAAUGAUUACUAAAUAAGCUGAGGUCUUGGUGUGUAAAAAUACGACAUUCCUGUUCUGUUACUUUGUGAAAGGAAGAUGGGAAUGAUCGUUAACUGCGUGGUAAUAUUACAGGCUUAUUUUACUAAUAUCCUGAUACAUAUAACAACUAUCAUCUAACCAGGGUCAUCCUAUUGGGACAAGGACGGACUCUUGAUCCCAAAUAAAAAGGCUGCAGAGAUAAGCGUGGGUAAGACAUGUUUACUGUGACGGUGCUUUAAUAAAGAAAGCAGAGACUGUGAAAUAGCAUUGAGUUAUUCUUCCGCACACAGUGAGCUGGAGCCAGCUUAAAUUUCACAGCCUCUCCUCGGUCGCAGAUCCACAGCGAGACCAUCUCCCAGCCCGGCUCAAGCACCCGGCUAUAAUAACAAUCCCGCAACUUAAAUUGCUUGAACAGAAAUGUUUGUUCUCUUCUAACAGGAUUGUGAAUUAUUAAUCGGAUCUAAAGCCGAUUUUAUAACCCGAUUGUUGAGGUGGGACUCUUGGCGAGCGAUGCUCCACCACACCAUUUACUGUGAUGUAUGUGUCUGCACAUCUUUAUAUCCAAUUUAAUGUGAUUCAGAUAGAUUUCAAAGGGACAUCAUAAAAGGCAUGGGAGUGACCCCUGCAGGGCCUGUAUGACUGGAGACUCCAUACAGCUGCCCAGUAUGUCUCAAUAUGUUGAUUCGAUUUUCUCCAUUUCACUUUUACUCUGAAGUGAUCUAUACAAAUGUAAUGCAGGUACACUCAGUAAAUAUGAAUAAAUUGCCAAAUUGAAUCAUUUUUCCCGGAGAAUGUAGUUCAUGGAGGACAUCAUUUUAAAUCACAGUUUGCCUGGAACUGAGCAUCUUGACCAGUCAGGAGGGUAAAUGACUUUGGCUCUGUCUAAGACCUGCCAUUAAUUAGAGCAUAGUGUCUUUAAAAACAUUGUUCUGCCAUCCCUUCUGUGCUUCGAGUGGAACUCCUACGCUAAUGUAUGUGAUGUUGAGGUACAAUGUACACAGACAGAAAUCAAUAUAGAGACAUUGAGAAGAAUGUCAGGAAAGACUAUUCAUUUUACAGCCCCAUGAUGCACCUCAAUAAAAACAGUUUUUUUUUGUCUCUGCUGCUAAUGUUAUUGCAUCAAUUUCAUCACAAGCUCCCCCUUUGUGCAUUUUGGGCUUAGUCAAAAGACAACAGGCAGGUACAUGGUUGGACAGAGUGUCCUGAUGAGCUGGGGGGGGGGGGGGGGGGGGGUGAGAGGUGAGAUGUGAGAUUAGCUAACCUCUGCUGUCUGUCCUACCUCCAGCAGUCAUCCGUAGCUUCAAUCCCGCUUCGUCCGACUGUGUGCUUCUGACUGAGAGAGAUCAGUCAGGGAGAGGCUGAGCUAGCUACCACUGCAUUACAUCUCAUCCAAUGACACUGUGGCUCUCUUCUGAGUUCUAUAAUUAUUCAGCAACAAGCCAAUUUAUUGUGCGCUUAGUUAAUCAUUUUACUUCAUAAGAAAGGAAAACUAAAUAACGAUUGAUUCAGUACCUGCUUUAUUUAAUCUCAUAAUUAAUCAGACUGAUAGUUAUCAAAUAUUAUCAACUGGGUGGUUUGAGCCCUGAAUGUUGAUUUGGCUGAAAGCCGUGGUAUAUUGUAUACCACGGGUAUGACAAAACAUUUAUUUGUACUGCUCUAAUUCUUUUAGCAACCAGUUUAUAAUAGUAAUAAGGCACCUCUGGGGUUUGUGGUAUGUGGCCAAUAUACCACGACUAAGGGCUGUAUCUAGGCGCUCCGCAUUGCGUCGUGCUUAAGAACAGCCCUUAGCCGUGUUAUAUUGGCCAUCUACCACACCUCCUCGGGCCUUAUUGCUUAGUUAUAUGUUUUGGUGAAAAAUCACUGUUUUAGAUAUUUUUGUUCACGGCUCCAGCGAAUGCCUGACUAUAAAAAAGAGCUACAAUUGGAACGGGAUGAAGGAUGUCUGUCUGUUUGUCAGAUAAAUAAUACAAUGAGACAAGUGUGCGAUGCUUCAAUUCUGUGAGCAGUGUGUCUGCUGUUCCCAGGCAUGGCCCCAGACUGGACUGUAGCUCCAGUCACAGGGUGA